AUGGCGACGAUCCGUGUUGGGGAUACUGUCAUGGUCCCUGGUGACAUGCAUGGAACCGUCAAAUUCAUCGGGCCUGUGGCCGGAAAGAAAGGAAUAUUUGCUGGUGUACAACUUGCAACAGAAUAUGCACCACGAGGGAAGAACUCUGGUGAUGUCGAUGGAAAAUACUACUUCAAGACAACGACUCCUGGGGCUGGAAUAUUCCUCCCACUAGAAAAGGCCAUCAAGAAGCCUGGCAGUUCGGGAUCUGGUCUGGGAAUCAGAGCGAGUCCAGGUCCUGGACCUGGCACUCCGACCCGAUUGACAAGUUUCAACCAGGGUGGGAGAACACCGAGCCUUGCUAAGCCCAAUUUCAGUCAAUCUGUCGGUCCUGGGAUGAGAGCAGGCGCAGCCAGUCCCGCCCUAAAACCUCCUAUGAGACGCGAAUCUCUCCCUCGACCUGCGAGCCCUCUACGGAAAGCAAACACACCAACUCCCAAAUCAUUAGCAACCCCGAAAACAAGACCCAGUGGUAUCGGUCUAGCAAAAAGUACAAAUGGUGCUGCAGGUCAGUUCAGUCGACCCGGCCCACGAACAACGAACAAUUUCAGCCAAAGUCUCAGGCAAAGUACAUCCACCCCCAAUUAUGCCGGCACCAGUCCCUCACUAGGACCCGAGUCAAGUUUUGAUGAGAUACCAGAGCAAGAUGCCGAAUCUACCCCCACGCCUACCCCUUUUGCCACCAGAGUUGGAGACGCUGAUGCGGCUCAAUACGAGGUCAAGAUCAGACUUCUCACAGACGAACUCAAUGAGGCCAAACGCCAGUUAAGAGAUCAGAACGGUAAUUUCUCAGAGAUGGAACGUAACUUCAAUGAGUUGCAGAAGAUAAUUGCAGGACUAGAGGAAGGUGCCAGUCGAAGGGGCAGUUCAGCCGAUGAUGUCGAUCUUCCUCGAGAUGUCGCCUCUCUACGUGAUGUCUUGCGGGAAAAGAAUGACAGGAUCAAACUCCUCACGGCUGAAUUUGAUGCCAACCGAGCCGAUUUCAGAUCUACGAUAGAUACGCUCGAGAUGGCAAGCACGGAAACAGAACGAGUCUAUGAGAAAAGAGUGGAUGAAUUGCUCGAAGAGGUCAGAAAUCUUCACGAUCGGAGUGAAGAUGUCGAAACCGUCGCUCAACAGCUUAAGCAGCUGGAGGAACUUGUACAAGAACUCGAAGAGGGGUUGGAAGAUGCAAGGAGGGGCGAGGCUGAAGCCAGAGGGGAAGUUGAAUUCCUCCGGGGUGAAGUUGAAAGGUCACGAUCCGAACUCCGAAGGGAACGAGAACGUAUCAAGACUGAAGAACAAUUGAAUGGAUAUGCUUCCAGUGGGCCGGGGAACCCGGAACUGGAAUCCCAGCUGAGCACCAAAGAUGAUGAGAUUCGUGGCCUCAAAGCCAUCAUUCAAAGUCUCAACGAGACACACAACACAUCGCCCAAGCUGAAUGGCAAUUCUUUCAAGAGCAAUGACCGAUCCGCAACAGCAGUGGAGACGAACAAUGCUGAUGGGAAUCGAUUCAGCAUGCAAGAGCAAAUUCGUGACCUAGAAGCUCUGCUGCAAGAGAAAUCCAUUCACGAGGAAGAAUUGACCAAUGAGGUCAAGCAACUUCGCAAUAGUGUGGCCAUGUCUCGCUUCCCACUACCAGGAGCAGCCUUUGGUAUCCGAACUGCUAUGUCCCCACCUGCUGGGCACUCGAGAGACAACAGCGACGAUCUGGCCCGGAAACAUCUGAGUGCUGGAAGUCAGAGAACCGUAGUCCUCGGAUCUCCCAAGGCCAAGACUCAAAGGUCAAGUCAUCAAGAUACCUGGCACGACGCACAAUCCCGCGGCGCUAGCCCUGUGAAGCCGCUGGGAGCACACCACGAAUAUUCACUGGACAGUAACCUCGAACGAGCUCGAUCCGACGAUGGAGUGACAGACAUCUCAGCCUCCAGCGCCGCUUUAUGGUGCGAGAUCUGCGAGGAAGGGGGGCAUGACAUCCUAACUUGCUCGAACAUGUUCGGCCCGGGAAAGACCAAGUCCAAGACGAGCAGUUUAGGCCGCAAAGCUGGUCAGGACAUUUUGAAAAGUGCUGGGCAAAGGCACUCGGCGGACGGAGCACCAGCUGACACUGAUCGACCUGCACCACUGAUGAGCCGCAAGAGCAACAACUCGGUUCCCACAGCAUCCUCGCUCUCACCAAGCGAGGCACCCAGCACAUCCCUCCCACCUCCACCUAUCUCCAACACAAAUCCUAUAAAUUCAUCGAUGGCCAAGGAUCUCGACUCGCCACCUCCACCUCCACCGCCCAAAGUAGAAGCUACUCCACCAGCCGCAGCUGCCGACUCGAACGCCGCAGCGACAUCUGGACCACCGAUCGAAGGCACAGGAGAUCAAGCCGGUAUGAUGGCAGGCAAGACGUCAGGCGUGAUCGACCCGGAGAAAUGGUGUGCCCUCUGCGAGAGGGACGGGCAUGACAGCGUCGACUGCCCCGUGGAGGAUUCCUUCUAA